AUGGCGAGCGUGGGCGCGUUGCUGAUGGCCGCGGUGCUGCCUCCGGUGGCCGCGCUGCUGAUCGCGGUGGCCGUACGGGCGGCGGCGCGCGGGGUGGGCGCGCUGGCGCGCGCGCACUACGCGUGGCCGGCGGAGUCGCCGUCCGUGCAGGCGCGGAAGUGCGGCAGGAGGGCGGCGCCGGAGCAGCCCGACCACGAGCUGCGCGUGUCGCGGCACCGCGGGGUCGCGGCGGUGGAGUGCGCGGUCUGCCUGAGCGGCGUGGGGGAGGGCGACGAGGUGCGGGAGCUGCGGUGCCGGCACGUGUUCCACCGCGCCUGCCUCGACCGGUGGCUCGCGACGCCGCCGGCCACGUGCCCGCUCUGUCGCUCCCGCCUGCUGACGGCGCCGCCGGUAGAGGAGGAGGAGGAGGAGGAGCUGGACCUGGACUCCGACCUGCUGCUGCUCAUGGCGUACGUGCACGGCGGCCGCGGCGGCGGCAGAUGGUUCUGGUCGCCGUGA